AUGGUUCAUCAACCGAAGCCCUUCUGGAGCCGGACGUUCUCGUACGCCCACCCAGCAUGGACCCGGACCAUGGGCCGAGAGUCUGGCGCUAGCGACAUCAUCAAGCCGGAUCUCAAUUCAAUGCUGCCUCAUACCAAGGAGGCCGGGUUCGAUAUAUAUUCCAAUACUGAAGAUGCUUAUGCAGAGAAUGUGCCUGCGGAAGACGAAUGGUUUGUCGAGGAUACCAAAAACCGUUAUCCCUACAUGCAACAUGUCAAAGAGCUGUCAGGAGCUUGGCCACACCUUCGUUACCUAGCGCAAUGGAUGGAGGUGACCACCUCUCCAGUCAAGUGGAAACAGUUCAAACAGCUCGGCCCAAGGAAAGAUUUCUAUCGCAAUGAGCGGGCAGCUCGUACCAAGGUAGCAGUGGUUGAUUUCUCGCCGGAUGGGACCGUCGAGGUCCUGCCUACUAUUGAACGAAGUUCAAACCUGUGCGAGACCCUGCAAGAAGGACAGCCGUCAGGUGUUAAUCGACUAUACAUUGUGGAAGACCUCUCUAGGGAUAUGAUUGAACACCUAGGGAAAGAACUGGAUAUAGACCCACUCUUUUUCCGGGAACAAAUCAAUGACUAUUGGUGGUAUAACACGAGGGAUCCUUGGGUCGAGCUCCCAGAUCUGGACGUUGUGGCCCGAGAACGAAGUUUCUUCCGUUUGACCUACGUACAACCACGCUACUUCAAGGAAAAAGACAGCUUCCUCAAGGCCAAGCUCCAAGCCGGCAAGUUCAAUGUCCUGCGCAGACUGGACGACGAUAGCGAGCACAAGGCACUGUUUGACAACGACAAUGCUAUUGUGGCUCUAGUGCGCAGCAAGGCAUCUCUCUGGAUCAAGCCACGGAUGAAUGACGAAGAAGGAAACUUCACAGGUGUGCUUCUGGUAGAUCCUUCCAUAACGGAGGGUCACGCCCUUUGGAAUGGAUACCGUCCGUUUUGGAACUCACCAUCCUACAGCGACCGCCGAGACGGUUACCCUAAGCGACAGAAGGAGACUCUCUUCGACGACCUCCUCUUCUGGAUCAGACACAUGUCGCCUCAGGACGUGGUGUCCAUAAACACCAACCCCAAAGCCAUGAUGUAUAGGAUGACGCAGGUUAUCUGCUCGGACUGGCUUCUUCUCAACCGCUACAUUAUGGCGCGCCUGGGCCAGAUCGAAUGGGAGCUUGAGCGGGCUGAUCUACGGCCAGAUGCCAAUUCGAUUGACGCCUCGCUUGCGAAGCUACACACAUGGCGUCGCCGUUUGCCCCUUUACCGGAACAUGGUGGACGAUACGCAGCACAAACUUUUUGACGAUAUCAAGGACGGGCAUGUGGACUGCAUCUCCAAGAUGCAAAAGGAUUUCGAGAUCGUUUCGAAGGGAUUCGACGAUCUCUACGGACGAACAGAGCGCAUCGCUACUGUUGCUACUGCCGUGACAGCCAUCGAAGAAAACCGACGUGCUGUGGAUCAAAAUCGCGCGGUCACGCGACUUACCUACCUGGCGGUCAUUUUUGCACCAUUGAGCUUCAUCAGCAGCUUCUUCAGUAUGACCGAGGAUUUAUCUUCGCUGACGAAUACCAUCUGGAUCUAUUUUUCCGUGGCCAUUCCCGUAAGUAUCGUGGCCUUCUUGCUUGUCGAUCCUACGGUACUUUCUCUGUUAGGAGGGCUACUUCCAGGUAAAAGGGACAAAAAGAAGAAGAUGUAA